CGCGGGACCUAAAGGAGGAGUGGCGAGGCGCGGGGGCCAGAUCUGUGAGCGCUGUGCUGACUGCUCUGACUGAGAAGGCCUGUCAUAGCCCGGACCCUGAGGAGACCCCUCGCCCCCGACCGGCCUGGCCAGGCCCCCCUCCCCCCGCUAUGGAGUUCCUCUGGGCCCCUCUCUUGGGCCUGUGCUGCAGUCUGGCUGCUGCUGAUCGCCACGCCGUCUUCUGGAACAGUUCAAACCCCAAGUUCCUGAAUAAAGACUACACAGUACACGUACAGCAGAAUGACUACCUGGACAUCAUCUGCCCAUAUUAUGAGGAUGACUCUGUGGCAGAAGAUGCCAUGGAGCGAUACACGCUAUACUUGGUAGAACGUGAGGAGUACGAACUGUGCCAGCCCCAAUCCAAGGACCGGGUCCGCUGGAAGUGCAACCAACCCAAUGCCAGACAUGGCCCAGAGAAGCUGUCUGAGAAGUUCCAGCGCUUCACACCCUUCACCCUGGGCAAGGAGUUCAAAGAGGGACAUAGCUACUACUAUAUCUCUAAGCCCAUCCACCACCAAGAAGAUCACUGCUUGAGGUUGAAGGUGACUGUCAACGGCAAAACUACUCACAGUCCUCAGGCCCAUGACAAGCCACAGGAAAAGAGACUUCCAGCAGAUGACCCUGAGGUACAAGUUCUACACAGCAUCGGUGACAGUGCUGCCCCUCAACUCUUUCCAUUUGCCUGGGCUGUGCUGCUUCUGCCACUUCUGCUGCUGCAAAACCCAUGA